AUGAGUCGAAAAACAACUUUAAAGGAAUUGAAAGAAGAACUUGCACUUGAAAGAGAAUGGACGAACCUGCACAAGAAAUCAAAAGAGGGCUGGAUGUCCAUCAUAAAAGAAAUGGAAGAAAAGAAACAGAAAGAAUUGAAUGAAGGCAACGAAUGGAAGACCAGAUAUAACUACCAGUGCAUGUAUAACACCGCCCUGCGGAGACAGAUAAAGAAGAUGAGGUCGGAGGCCCGUCAGCUGCGGACUGGGGUGUCGCUGGCGCAGGUCAGCGAUAAGAUGGACCGGAUGUCCACAGCCGAAUGUAGACAGCAUGUCAAACAUCUCAAAUCUGAACUCGUAUCUCUCAAAGGAAUGUGUACGUCCUAUAACCAUCAACUGGACGAACAGUCAGCAGCGUACAUCCAGGAUCAGGAGGAAAUCAAGUCCAUCGUGAACGACGUGUGGUUCAAACACGCAACCAAGAUAGAGCAACAAGAGAAACUGGACGGGGCACUGCCAGCCAUAAAUGUCCGACCACGAGUGGGUAGUAACUCCGGUGUUCAAAUCAAGAAGCCGGACAAACUGCCGCCAAUAACGAGCAAUCCUCUACAUAAGAAGUCGUCUUACUUAGAAAUGUAUGAAAAGUCCAAAGCCAAGAGGCACAACAACAAAACACAACCCAAAUCUGCAACAAAGAAGGUUCAUUUCCUAGGCGAUUCAGAAUAUAGCGACCUUGUUUGAGUCCUGGAC